AUGUCUUCUGCGACUACAUCAAAACUUUUCCAACCUACGCAGGUCGGGGAGCUCAACCUACAGCACAGGGUCGUGAUGGCUCCCCUGACGCGACUCAGGGCGGACGACCAGCACGUACCCACCGACCUUAUGGCAGAAUACUACGCGCAGAGAGCGAGCGUACCGGGCACCCUCCUCAUCACCGAGGCUACCUUCAUCGCCUUGAAAGCCGGGGGCUACCCCAACGUCCCCGGCAUCUGGAGCGCGGACCAGAUACGCGGGUGGAAGAAGAUAACAGACGCCGUGCACGCGAAGGGGUCAUACAUCUUCUGCCAGCUAUGGGCCCUCGGACGCGCCGCGUACCCGGAGUACCUGGCCAAGUUCGGCUACGAUCUGGUAUCCGCGUCCGACCUGCCCAUGCCGGACAGCCCAAAUGUGCCUCGUCCCCUGACAGUCGACGAGAUUCACGAAUACGUCGGCCUGUACGAACAGGCCGCGAAGAACGCCAUCGAAGCAGGGUUCGAUGGCGUAGAGGUGCACAAUGCGAAUGGCUACCUGCUCGAUCAGUUCAUCCAGGACGUGAGCAAUAAGAGGACAGACGAGUACGGCGGGAGUAUAGAGAACAGGUGCAGGUUCGGAUUGGAGGUCCUCCAGGCGGUUACGAAAGCGGUGGGGGAGAAGAGGACGGGUGUGCGGUUCGGUCCCUGGGAGCAGUUCCAAGGUAUGCGUAUGGCCGACCCAAAACCGACCUUCUCCCAUAUGGUGACGACCAUUCGAGACCUCUACCCCAACUUCGCCUACGUUCACCUAACGGAGCCCCGUAUCCUCGUCGCCUUCGAGCGCGAACCACAGCCAGGCGAAUCCAACGACUUCAUCCGGGACAUCUGGGCUCCUCGGCCCCUGAUCACCGCUGGCGGGUACACCAGGGACCUGGCAAUCGAAGUGGCGGACAAGACGGACAACCUGGUCGCAUUUGGACGCAUGUUCAUCUCCAACCCGGACUUGCCCCUGCGGUUAAAGAAGAACAUCCCGUUAAACCAGUACAACAGGGACACCUUCUAUACCAAGGGGGAGCAGGGAUACACUGACUAUCCCUUUGCAGAGUAG